CUCUGGGUGCGGGAGAGUAGACCGGUCAGUCACCAGUGGGCUCACUUCAGGUUGUCGCGGGAAGUGGUGUUAUAAGGCUGACGAGGAACAGUGUGAAGGCUGGCUGGAAAGGAGGACGACCAAACGUUUCUUUUAGUCCCACGUGCUAAGAAUGGCAGUGGAGAAUGGACAGCGCGACAGGAAAGAAGAGAGCGAGAAGGGAUCGGUGACGCCAUCCUCAGGAGGAGAUGACUGCAAGAGCGAGGACUUCGAUGCCAUCCUGACCACACUGGGAACUGGAAAGUGGAAUGCCCUCUGCUACAUCGCCGUGGCUUACUGGAACACCGUCCUGCCAUAUCACACCAUUGCGGGCGCUUUUCUCUCCCCCUCUGUGGCCCACACCUGCAGCGCGCCUCCCGAUGCCAUCACGCCCACGCUCAUCCUUCCUACCGACGCGCACAAUGUUUCUUUCAGCGCCACCUUCAACACCUCCUACGCUACGGACGUCUCCCUUGAACACGACGCCUCCUGCAGUUACCUGAGAGAGGACCCAGCCACGGGGAAGAUUGAGGAGAUGCCAUGCACUAAGUGGGAUUUUGACAAUACCACCUUCACCUCCACCGUCACCUCAGAGUUCGGCCUGGUGUGUGAGUACCGGUACCUGCGGGCGGCGCACCAGAGCAUCUACAUGGGCGGCAUGAUGGUAGGGGCGUGUUUCAACGGAUUCCUGGCUGAUCGGUUUGGCCGCUGGACCAUGAUCGCCAUCUCGACUGUCACCUACACGGUCCUCGCCCUCGGCUCCGCGUGGCUGCCGUCAAUGGGCACCCUGCUAACAGCGCGUUUUUUUCUGGGCACCAUGCACCCCACCUCCCUCAUGACGGGCUACAUCUUAGUGACAGAAAUAACCGAGAUUAAGAAGAGAUCAACCAUGGCCAUGCUGUCCCUAAGUGCGUGGUCGGUGGGCGCUAGUUUGUGGGGGCUGUGGGCUUACUUGGAGAGGAACUGGAGGUGGUUGCAGACUUACGUGUCCCUCUUCUGCCCAAUAUUCCUCCCUGCCCUCCUAUUCCUAAAGGAGUCCCCGCGAUGGCUGGCGGUGAGGGGCCAACACCAGAAAGCUCUAUCGGUCCUGCGGGUGGCAGCGAAGAUGAACGGCACCACGCUGCCGCCCACCGAGAAGAUGCUGCGGAUCAUGCAGGAGGUGCAGCAGCAGAGCAAGAGCGAAGCAGAGGCUCGAUCCAAUAUGCCCUUGACUCAGCGAAUAGUGGACCAGGUGACCAUCCUGUUCAGAACCCGCAAGCUGGUCACCAUCACCAUUAUCACCUGCAUUGGUUACUUCUCCGUCGCAAUGGUCUACUUCGGCCUCCUCCUCGCAGCCACCACCUACGAUGUGGACCCGUUCAUGUACGUGGCCAUUUCGGGGCUGGUGGAGUUACCGUCAACCAUUAACAUCUUCGUGGUGGAGAUCAUUGGGCGCAAGAAGUCCGGCAUGGCGUGUUUUGGUCUGUGCGCUGUGAUGCUGCUCCUCCAGCCACUAGUGCCAACCAACCUCAAGUGGCUGUCCAUAACCCUGGUGAUGAUCGGGAAGCUCCUCUCUACCGCUGCCUUCAGCGUCAUGUUCCUCUACACCUCCGAAUUGUUCCCGACGGAGAUCAGGACGCAGGGCAUGAGCGCCGGCAUGAUAUCCUCCCGUAUUGGCGCCUUCAUCGCUCCAUUCUUCAUGAGUGCCCUGGAACCAAAAUACCCGUGGGCUGUUUCUGUGGUGUUCGGUCUGGCCGCUGCUGUCGCCGCCGUGUCCUUCGUGCCUCUGUGGGAGACCAUGAACACCUGCCUCCCUGACACCGUAGCACAGCUGGAGGAGAUGCAGAUUCCCAGGAAGGUCAAGAAGCCUCCCUCUGAGCAGGAUGAGGUGAACGCCAAAGAUAUGACGUCUGUCUGACCGUGUUACUGAACUGAGGGAGUGGAUGGGUGGUGUGGCGCUAUACUCCCCCUCCAGUGCUACUCCGUCUCUGCUCAAGUCACUGGUCGCUGGCGCAUCAAACCAAAGGCACAAGUUACGGCUACCUUGGUUUUGUACUUUUUAUUGGAGUUGUUAUUGUGUGUAGUUGACAAUACUUGUUAGUGAUUUUAUAGAUUAUUUUAAGAUAAGAACACAAGAGAGACCUCAAGAAGCAUUCAGGCCCUCACAAGAUGAGUCCCUGAGUGAAAAAUACCAACAUUUUUUCACUCCUCCUCAUAUAUGGCCUAUCUUAUAUAGAGACCUCUUACGACUCAACACAAACAAUCUGAUAACGUCUGUUUUAUUCAUCCAUCUUUCUGAAUGAUAAUUAUUGUACGUGUUUGUAAUUUUAGUUGAAGUAAACGUUGAAAAUUUG